ACCCCGCGUCUAUGGGUGAGACGGCGUCCAGGGUGUCCUACCCUUUUCCUCUCAGGUUCCUGGAGUGGCUGAGGGGUCCAGAUCCUCAGGCCAAGACUCUCCAGAGAAGAAUUUCCAAUCCAUACCUUGAGCACACUUCUUCCCAGAUUUAUGGGGAGAAUUCUUCUUGUGCAGGAAGAGCACUGAGGAAUAUCAUUAUCGUCCAGGCAGCUGAUCUGAUCAAGGACAGAGCGAACCUCAAGGGAUUUUACAGGCGAAGCUGUGUUGGGUCAGAACUGGUCGACUGGCUUCUGGAACACUGUCCUUUCGUCCAGUGCAGAUCCACGGCCAUAGGGGUCUGGCAGCUCCUACUGGACAUGGGGAUUCUGUCAUCAGUGGACCAGCAUUUAUACUUUCAGGACACUUACGUUUUCUAUCAGUUUUCAUCGGAUGAAUGUAGCUAUCUAUACUGUGAAUUCGAACGAGAAGAAGAAUGGCAAAAUGGUGUCAAAAUGUUACUGCAGCUUGUGCCUGUCAUUCGCACCAGAGCUGGCAUCUGUGAACUGUCCCAUCGGAAAAUUGAAGACUCGGAAGAAAGCAGUGAUGAAAUUCUUGCGCGUCUAACGUCGGCGGUGCAGAGAGAGCUAGCAGCUGUCAUUGCUUUGAAAGCAAAGAAGUCUGCAAUUGAACAAGACGAGGAGAGCAGUGACAAGCACGUGCCUGCGGCGGAAGCUGACGGUGUUCCAGAUCCUCAGGCGGGGGUGAUGUGCAAGCUUCAGGAGAGAGAGGACAUCGGGCGCAUCGAGCUGGUCCAGAAGCUGGCGAGGGAGAACUGUCAGUUUUUGCAGACGGACAAAAAGGAACAGGACAAAUCUGAACACGAUGGUGAGGUGACCACAGUCCGAGAGCAGGAGCAGAACGUCCUGGUGCUGAGGAAAGUGCAGCACGGCGGCCCGGCCCCCCCAGGCGGGAGCGCCGACAGCGAUUGGAGAUACGUGGUCGUGUCCGGGACCCCCGAGAAGAUCUUGGAGCACCUUUUGAAUGACUUGCACCUGGAAGAAGUCCAGGACAAAGAAACAGUCAGUCCUCUUGAUGACGAUGUUACCGAACCCAAGUUCUUGUGCCCGAUGCUUCAAACUGCCAAAACUCAAGACGUCAGAGUUUGGGAAACCCUCCUUGAUGACUUCCUCCUCACGUACACCGUCUUCAUGACCACGGACGACUUGUGCCAGGCGCUGCUGAGACACUAUUCUGCUAAGAAGUAUCAAGGCAAAGAAGAAAACUCGGAUGUUCCUUGUCGGAAACGUAAGGUCUUGCAUCUUGUUUCGCAGUGGAUUUCUCUGUACAAAGACUGGCUACAUGAAGAUGAACAUUCCAAAAUGUUCUUAAAGACCAUAUACAGGAACGUACUGGAUGAUGUAUAUGAAUAUCCAAUACUUGAAAAAGAAUUGAAAGAAUUUCAAAAGAUACUUGGAAUGCACCGUCGUCACACCGUCGACGAAUAUUCACCACAGAGGAAGAAUAAGGCCCUUUUCCACCAGUUCAGUCUUAAGGAGAACUGGCUCCAGCAUCGAGGCACUGUGACUGAAACGGAGGAAAUUUUUUGCCACGUGUACAUCACGGAGCACUCGUAUGUCAGCGUGAAGGCCAAAGUGUCCAGUACAGCCCAGGAGGUCCUGAGAGUCGUGGCGGAGAAGAUCCAGCACGCGGAAGAGGACCUGGCCCUGGUGGCCGUCUCCUUCUCCGGGGGAAAGCGUGAACUUCAUCCCAAUGACCUGGCCAUCUCCAAAUCCCUGGAAGCAUCUGGCCGGAUAUAUGUCUACCGGAAAGACCUGGCUGACACUUUGCAAGAGUUGAUCUAUUUCACAUUCAGCAGACAAGGAAGUGGGGAGCACACUGCGAACCUCAGCCUCCUGCUCCAGCGCUGCAAUGAGGUCCAGCUCUGGGUGGCCACGGAGAUUCUGCUCUGCAGCCAGCUGGGCAAGCGGGUGCAGCUGGUGAAGAAGUUCAUCAAAAUCGCCGCCCACUGCAAAGCCCAGAGGAACCUGAAUUCUUUCUUUGCUAUUGUGAUGGGUCUCAACACCGCUUCUGUCAGCCGGCUGUCACAGACCUGGGAGAAAAUCCCUGGGAAGUUUAAGAAACUUUUCUCUGAACUUGAAAGUUUAACAGAUCCCUCCCUGAACCACAAAGCCUACAGAGAUGCGUUCAAAAAGAUGAAGCCGCCCAAAAUCCCGUUCAUGCCCUUACUGCUCAAAGAUGUAACAUUUAUUCACGAGGGAAAUAAAACGUUUUUGGAUAAUCUCGUCAAUUUUGAGAAGCUGCAUAUGAUUGCCGACACCGUCCGGACCCUGAGACACUGCAGGGCCAACCAGUUUGGAGGGGACAUGUCUCCGAAAGAGCACCAGGAGCUGAAGUCCUACGUCACCCACCUGUACGUCAUCGACAGCCAGCAGGCCCUGUUCGAGCUCUCCCACCGGAUCGAGCCCCGCGCGUGAGCCCAGCCGCGCCCCCCUGAGCACCUGCAGCUCUCCCGCCACAGGACGUCCGUGCCCAGCACAUCCCUUUCCUGGGAGAAAAGAAGCUGCUGAGUUUUAUCAGUAACUCACGAGACACGCUCCAGCCACCCGCGGUGGGGAAGGGCCUCGCCUCAGCUCACCUCGCCGCUCUCGCUCUCGGCCGAGAAGGCAGAAGACUCAGAGCAUCUUGGCAUGGAGAAGUCCGGUUUCUUACAUGGACAUUGUUGAUCCCAUCCAGUUUUCAACUUGAGAUGUGCCAGCGUCAAGGCCAGGGAGCCUGUCUUGCGCAGUGGCCAGAUAUUUCAGUGAGGGCGUGCAGGUUCAGGAGCAGCUCUAUGUCACCUGCGAGCAGGUUGUUGUGUAUAGGCUGUCAGAGAAGGGGCUUGUCUGAGCACCAGGAGAUGGUGAUGGCACGUUGGAUUUCCAGGGAGAAGGCGUGGUCUCUGUUGCUACACACUGUGAUGUCACCAAAGGCCCCUUGUGUCUGGGGAGCCGUGAGGACCCGGCGCCGGCGUCCGUGCCCUGAGUCCCAGAAGGGAACUGUCAGGGCAGGCCCUGCUUUGCACCCACAAUCACUCACGGAUGUCGGCUCGCCGGUGAAAUCUGUUUCUGCACAACUGAUUUGCAACUGUGGGCAAGUUAGGCUACAGGGCUUUGCCAGUAAGGAAAAAUAGGAAUCUUUAGGAGAUUGACUCAUGGUUUAACUUCCGGGAUUUUCUUGACACGUGCAAGCCGGCUCUCCUCCUAUUGGGAACAAUACGAUUUUUGAAAGAGCGCAGUGCCUGACACCUCGUAGGCUCCAUCAAGGUGGCAGUCAGAGGUGCCUGGCGGUGCCCUGGUGCUCUGCACGCCUCCGUGGGCUCCUUGCCCGCCGGGUGCAGGGGUCGCAGCCGGUGCAGGGAGGUGAGUGGGGUGGGAUGUGCAAGACGCUCGGCACUCCCUCCCUAGAGAAGCGCAAGGGAGGAAGAUGGUGCUGAUGGCCCGUCUCACAGCAAACAUCGGAUUUAUGUUGGACCCUCGCAAGUCCUAGAGUUCACCUUCCAGCCAAGACAGCGGCCUUCCUAUAAUUUGUGUGUUUUUUUCUCCCUGAGUCUUUUAAGUCUUUUUUUUUUAUGUCCAUUUUUAUAGAUUAGGGCUCCUCCAGUAAGUAAGACCUGGCUAUUCUCCAGAACGGGUUAGCGUCCCCUCGCCCUUCAUAAAAGCCUGUGGGACACAGCAAUGAAAUGCACCCGGCCAGUUAGAUACCUACCACGUGGCUAAACUCCCAGGGCCCCGGCUCCCUGUGCCAGCUCCACGCCCGUUCCAGCCCUGGGAGCCCGGUGCACUUCUCAGCCCGGCCGCCUGUGCGUCUCCCAGGUGCCUGCGCAGAACCACUUCCUGCCGCCUCAGCACCUCCGUCCGGGGCUGCCUGGCCCCUCUCAGCAGGGCUGUGUCCUGGCUCAGGAGCCACAGAGAGCUUGAGGAGUCGCUGGAAGGAGCCACGGGGAGAAGAUUGUUGGUAGAACUGUCAGAGAGAUUGCGUCUGCCCCAGCAUGUAAACAUCAGUCCUGAAAAUUAACAGGAUUUUGUCGAAAGCACCAUCCAGGGCUGGCCCACUAGAGAAAUGCUCCCGGCUGCUGGGACCGGAAUGGGCCCCACUGGAGGAGACCUGAGCCUGGAGCCAGGCAGCAGGCUUCUCUGGUGGCCGAUCACACGCUGCAGGGGCAGGGGCUCGCCGCACGCACAGGCCUUCCUGUCUGCUCUCCGUGCGGGGAGGAGCGUUUGCCCAGUCAGACCAUCGAAGGCCAUUUUGACAUUGUCUCCAUGUUUUGCAUUUAAGUUUUUAUUCACAUAGAAUCUACUUUGCUCCAACGAAAACUUGCAGUUUCUUUAGUAGAGAACUUUUUCAGCAAAGCACCCGGUGCUUAGACCUCAUUUCCGAUAUGUCCACAGCCAAACGAAUCCACACGUGCAUCAAGUUAAACCCACCUUGAUGGUGUAGGCAGAGCACGCCCAGCAGCGUGGGCGGACACGGGUGGGGGAGAGCGUGGUGCGGUCACAUUUCCUCCAGCCGGGGUGGGUGGCUCUGGGGCAGCCGAGGGAAGGGAGCAUUUUGUUCACAUUAGAUUGGCUUUUCCGUCCCCAUCUUCUGAAUGUCCACAUCUCCCAAUCUUUCUGAAAUUUAGCAACUCUCCAGCGAUGCCCCAGGCAGCAGCUCUCAGAAAUUUCAGAAGCGCAGAGGAGACGUAAGCCUGGGACUAAAGAACUCAAGGCGGAAUUGUGGGAGCCGGGUUUAGCUCAGCAUGGAGCUCUUCCCAAAAAUCUGAGCUGCCCAACAGUGUGCGGCCGACGUGGGGCUCAGCAGCUCCCUGUUAGUGAGGAUGGGCUGUGCUCCCUCCAAAUCCUUGCCACAGCCUCUUUGGAGUAGUUUUGUGCUGGCUAGACAGACGGGUGGACUGGAAGACGUCUAUGCUGCUUUCCGGCUCUUUUAGAUUGUUAUGGUCCCAUAAAAUCUCCAUCCGCCCUGGAAACCUCCCAGCUGCCACCAUCACCCGCCCUUCCGAGUGGUUCUCUUCGCUGCAGCACAACCCUCCACAGCCUGCGGGUCUGGCUGUCAGCAUCCCGGCGAACCAGCCGGCUUAGAAAUCGGCACAGCAGGUUUCCGUGGGCACAACCGCAACCUUGCCGAACGUCUCCUUUCUCCAUCCAUACAGACGCUCCAAAGACCACAGCGUUUCAGAGUCACUUCUCGUUAUAAUCUGCACAAUUGCCAAAUGGUUGCCCUGGGAGAUAUGAUCGCUUGCAUUCACUUUAUUCUAUAUCAUUAAUUACGUUUAGAAGAAGUUCAUUUACCCAGACCCUGUCCACAGGCAAGUCAGGUGGGGCAUAUGCGAACUCAGAUGCCGCUUGGUGAGGCUUACCGCCUCCUGGUGGGAGAAACAGCUGCAGGAAGGAGAGGGUGCCUGGGACUGGGCCCCCAGAGCUGGGCUUGCCCCGCGGCCCCCGUCCCAGCCCGGCCGCCUUGUGACAGCCGUCACGUACACAGUCGCAGACUCGGUGUUCCCAAAUGGCACAAGUCCCCCAAGCUUCUCGGAAACGAGGGGAAAACAUGAAAAUGGGGACCACCGGGUGCCCUGCCAUUGUCCGACACGGAGUUUCUUUUCAACGCUUCAAACACGUCCUUAAAAUUUCAGCCUGCUUGUGACGAGCGGGCCACUGUGCUGAACACUGGGAGGGGGGAAAUGUUUUUUAAAUUUGCCAAAAAGCUAGAUGAAAAUGUACUACUGUAAAAAGCAAAGCUGUACAUACUAAACGUUUUUUAGCAGAGCACUAUUUAUUUGCAUAGCCUAUUUAUUGUAUUCGUGUCACGCUGUUAAAUGCUGGGACGGAAUCAGUGAGCUGCAGCAAGGACUCGGGCCUUCCAACGUGUCGUUCAUUAGGACUGCAGUGGCGUCGUCAGCGGGCGGGAACGCUUAGCCGAUAGACAGCCCGCAACCAGGGUGCCCACCUAACUUCUCAGGGACCACACCCCGUAGUUUUCCACCAUUGCAGGAGCUGGUAAAUAUGAAACAUGGGUUGAAUUACCAGAAUUGCCAUUAACAGUAUUUCCUCCCUCAGAUUUCAUGCUUUCUGCUUCUGUACAUAUAUGACUGUGCUGUGUAUUUAUCGAAGCUAGUAAGCAAUAAUUUAUAUGUAAAAACGGCCGGGCAAUAUAAGGUGAAAACUUAUAUGUCACUGUUACCUUAUCUUGUAUUUUCAAGUGUUUUUUUAAAACUGCUUUUCCAAAUAUAAGAUGAUGCUAAUAACGCUA